AUGUCUAUUCCUCCAUUGCCUGUAAGAAUUCUGGAUAAAGAUGAUUGGAAUGUCUGGGCUCAGGAGCACCAGGUAAAUGGAGUAAGUAUCUAUGAGUUAGCAGAUUACGACUCAGCUUCGAGAAUUAGUGAUGCACAAUAUCUCUCCCUAAGGGCAUUGUGGACAUUUCAGCGCAAUACAGAGUCUGACCCACAGAAAUGGGGCAUACAAGGUGUGGAGGCAGCUCGAGAGAAGCUGGAAAAGCUCAAGGACUGGAAAAGCUUUCUUGAGGCGGUGCCAUUGGAGGUUUCCCCGAACAAAAUCCUUCCCAUCGAGCGUGACCUGGGUGACUUCAAGCUCAUAUGGUACUAUGGGCAACUCAUUCGCUGGGUGCCGAGCGCGCCAGAUACUGAAGGGAAUAUCAAUUUUACUCCCUGGUCUGACCGACUGAGGGAGCGAAAGGCCAAUUCGGGCAGCGAGGCCUUCUCCCAGCAAACACAUACACAGCCUUAUCCAAGUCACCCGAUGGAGUGCUUGAAGAUGCUCGGAGGUCAAGAAGAGGAGCAAGUGGAGGAAGCAUGUGAACGACCGUCAAGCAGCCGGAGCCAAACCCAGGAGUCUUCUGGGACUCCAUGCAUCGAUCUGGACCCAGAGACACCCAGUGACAAUUCGCAGCUAGAUCCAAACUAUGAGGAGCGCAGAGAAUUUCCACAGGUUUCUGACGAGAUCCUGGUCAAUGCAUAUCUACUCGGUCUCGCAGGUGUGAUAACCUUCUCCGUCGAAGGGGUCGCAGCCCAUUGGACACCAGAACGGAAGGUGUACAAAUUUUGCGAUGAGAAAGGCUUAAAGUUAUAUGAAGCCCGAACAGAUGGUCACCUCUCCCUCGCAAGCAACGGAGAGACAAAGGCCAUUAUAGAGGUCAAGCCCGUGGUGCGGGCCGAGUCAUCGCGAGUCAUGAUGCAGGAAACAGCACAGAUGGCUGCAUGGAUUCACACGGACAGAGAUAUAGUUAACGAUGGUAUUUUGGAGGAACAAAUGUGA